GUGUGUGUGUGUGUGUGUGUGUGAGAGAGAGAGAGAGAGAGAGCUCUUAUGAUUUGGACCUUUGAUUUUGUUGAGUUCAAGAGACUCUUCUUUGUGGAGAGGCGUACAUUUUUUUGGUUCUGAAAUGCGGGGGGAUCGGGAAGAUUGGAAUUUAGAGCUAGGACCAAAACUGAGGAUGAGCUAAUUUAGAAGCUUGUGAGGAACUUGAUGCUAUCGGAUCAGAAACAUUAUUCAGGCUCGCCGGGCCACAUUACAAACAAAUUGGUUGUCAAAACAUAUUUAUACAUAGUUGGCUUGGCUUAAGAUGAGGAAGAUGAAGGAGACGGGAUGGAUCUCUUUGGCGGCUCGGAUGUGUUUGUUGUGUUGGGUUGUGGCCGAGUUUGAUGCUUUUCUCCUCCUCCUCUGCUGCUGCUGCUGCUGCUUUGUUCCUCCCUAUGGACAACUACUUGCUUGCUUGUGGGUCUUCACAAAAUGUUUCGUAUCAAGGCCAAGUCUUUGUUCCAGACUCACAGCGAUCUUCAGUUUCCCUCAAGACAUCUGGAGAUGAUGUCAUCUCAACAUCCAAUGGCAACGCCCCAUCUCCAGUGUACCAAUCCCUUCGUAUAUUCUCAAAACCGGCAUACUACGAAUUCGACAUCCAGCAGCCCGGACGCCACUGGCUCCGCCUCUACUUUUAUCCUCUCUCUAAUUCCCAACAUGACCUCACCUCUGCCCAAUUCACGGUCGUCACCGAUGGCAUGGUCCUCAUCAACAACUUCACCUUCAGCAACUCCAACCGUUCUUAUCUCUUCAAAGAGUACUCAUUGAAUGUCACAUCCGACUCCUUGGUCGUCGCUUUCAUUCCUUCCAAUAACUCAGUUUCGUUUGUGAACGGGAUCGAGUUUGUCUCCGUCCCAGAUGAGUUGCUCUACGACCAGGCUCUGGCCAUUCCCAAUGCUCCUUUCAGCGGUAUCUCCGUUCUCGGCCUGGAGACCAUGUACCGGCUCAACAUUGGGGGUCCUCUGCUCACCCCUGAGAAUGACUCUCUUGGGAGGACUUGGGAGACUGAUGGCAGGUAUCUACAUGUUAACAGCUCCGCUGUGAAGGUGUUUGUAGAUCCCUCCACUAUAAAGUAUCCAGAAGGAGUCACUGUCGAGACAGCUCCCAGGUUGGUUUAUUCAACUGCUGACACCAUGGGAGAUCCCAACGUCACGGAUUUGAGUUUUAACAUCACCUGGGUUUUCUCGGUGGAUCCUAGUUUCCUCUAUUUGCUACGCCUCCACUUCUGCGAUAUCGUCAGUAAGGCUCUCAACACGCUUCUCUUCAACGUCUAUAUCAAUUCUGACAUUGCCAUCGAUGGUUUGGAUCUUUCUUCACUCAAGGGGGAUUUAUCAGUACCGUAUUACAAGGACUUCGUUUCCAAUUCCUCAAAUGGUUCGAGCACAUUGACUGUCAGUGUCGGUCCCAAUUCCUUGAACGAGGACAACAACAAUGCAAUCUUGAACGGAUUGGAGAUCAUGAAGAUGAGCAAUCAAGUCGGAAGCUUGGACGGUCUCCAUUCUGCUAAAGAUCUUCUCCCUCAGACACCAUCCAGCAGCAGCAGCCGGUCUGGGUUUAUACUCGGAGGGGUUUCUGGGGCUGUGUUUGCUGCCACAUUGGCAGCUGCGUGCUAUUGUUGUCUUGUGGUUCGCCGGUCUAAAACCAGUCCUCACAGCCACCCCUGGUUGCCCCUGCCACUGUAUGGUAACUCUCAUACCAUUAGCAAAGUAUCCACGACCUCACAGAGAAGCGGUACAGCCAGCUGUAUCUCUCUGGCCUCUACGAAUCUAGGUCGUGUUUUCACAUUCCAAGAGAUUAUCCUUGCCACAAACAAGUUCGAUGAGAGCUUGCUUCUUGGUGUUGGUGGGUUUGGUAAGGUGUACAAGGGGACAUUGGAAGAUGGUACAAAGGUUGCAGUAAAGAGAGGAAAUCCAAGAUCUGAGCAAGGAUUGACAGAAUUCCAGACAGAGAUAGAGAUGUUAUCCAAGCUGCGGCACCGGCACCUUGUCUCCCUGAUUGGCUAUUGUGAUGAACGGUCUGAGAUGAUUUUGGUGUAUGAGUACAUGGCCAAUGGGCCAUUGAGGAGCCAUCUGUAUGGGGCCAACCUGCCUCCUCUCUCAUGGAAGCAGCGGCUCGAGAUUUGCAUAGGAGCGGCCAAGGGAUUGCACUACCUCCACACUGGUGCUGCGCAGAGUAUAAUUCACCGUGAUGUGAAGACUACUAACAUUCUCUUAGAUGAUAGCUUUAUCGCAAAGGUAGCAGACUUUGGCCUCUCAAAGACUGGCCCAGCAUUGGAUCAAACUCAUGUCAGCACCGCUGUCAAAGGAAGCUUUGGCUAUCUUGAUCCUGAGUACUUCCGGAGGCAGCAGUUGACUGAGAAGUCUGACGUUUAUUCAUUUGGUGUAGUGCUGAUGGAAGUCCUUUGUGCAAGGCCAGCUCUCAACCCAGUCCUUCCACGGGAGCAGGUCAAUAUCGCCGAGUGGGCAAUGAGUUGGCAGAAGAAGGGCAUGUUGGAGCAGAUCAUGGAUCCCGCCUUAGUAGGGAAGAUCAACCCAGUAUCCCUUAGGAAGUAUGGGGAGACAGCUGAGAAAUGCCUGGCUGAACAAGGUGUUGAUAGGCCUUCAAUGGGGGAUGUGUUGUGGAAUCUUGAGUAUGCACUACAACUUGAGGAGACAUCCACACUAGCAGACCCAGAUGAGAAUAGCACAAACAAUAUUCCUGGUAUCCAAUUGGCACAACUUGAACCUUUCGACAAUAGUGUGACCAUGGUGGAGGGAGUAAAUUCAGGCACUUUCGAUGAUGCAGAGGAUGCUGCAACAAGUGCCGUGUUCUCCCAGCUUGUGAAUCCACGGGGGAGGUGAGGAAGUCAAUAAAUUCAAGUGACACUGGAUUUGAAUUCGAUAUAUACAUGGCCUUCUCUUCAAAUCCUAGAAGGUUCUUUUUUUUUACUAUUUCUUCGUUCUUUAAAAUGGCUAUCUGGUAUUCGCAUAUGUAACUACAAUGUCCUCAUCUUGAUUCUGUGCAUCUGGUCUUACCUCUUGAUAGUCUGGUAUAAAAUUCAUUCACCUGGAUUGAGACUUGUGUGCCUGCAUUCCAUAUUGAAGCUUCGUGAUCAGUAGAUAUGUUUCUUAACAAGUUAAAUUUUAUCAGUUUGUAGAUGUUGACGGCGACAUGAUAUCUUGGCUUUUGUGUUUAUCAGUACUUGCAUUUGAUCUAAACUAGUGUUUAAUUUUUUU